AUGCCGCCUCCGCUUCGAAAGCCGUCACUUGGGCCGCAGGGCCAGCGCACAUUGCGACGCAGCAGCAGCCCGGCACCCCCCUCCUCCCGGUCACGCUCGCCCUCAACGUCGUCCAACAACUCUGACAAUGAUUUUGUGUACGUUCUGGGUCACGUCAAGAGCACCGAGGAGGCAGUUGAAUGCAUCCGUGCGGUGCAGCAGCCAAAGGAGAAGCACCAGGGACGGUCCUUGGGCGGCCUCGGGAGCUCUGCCAAGAGUCUUACAGAGCUCGUCACAACCUCGGAAAACAGAUACCCUGCAUCUCGAAAGAUGAAGGGAGAACUGCCGGCGACGAUGGAAGAGUUCUACGAGUCUCCGCGCUACACCGUCUCCCUCACUGCUGCCCGGGGAGCCCUCUUCUCUGACGCGCUCUCUGGCUUUCACUCCUACGUAGCAUGUGAAGAGGAGCAGUGUGACCAGCUGUGCACCUACGCUACUCAAGGCGGCGCUGUCCGCACCAGCGCCGUCCCGUCCCCCUCGCCUGCCAUGACGCAGGAGUGGAACACGACACUUGCCGCCUCCUCAGCGUUGCCCGCCAAGCCCGCAUCCAUGGCUGUGAAAGCGACAGGUGUAGUUGAAGAGGGCCACGCGCAGGUCGCGACUCCCGCUUCUGCUCUGCCACCAAACCAAAGAACCGAAAGCGCUGGCGCCCCAUCCACCGCUGCAGACCCAAGCAUUCCCUCGCCGUCCGCCGUGCCAGGUCCCGCUCACACGUUUCUACAGACCAAGGCUGCUUUCCCGCCGAGUAUCGUCGCAGCGGAGGCUGUCACCGCGGCAGUGGCAGAAGGAACAGAAUCUGGCUCGCCGCGCGUUCCCGCCUCCUACAUGUUUCUUGUGCGCAGUCGUGACUCAGAGGUGAUGAACCCGGGCUCUUCCUCGGCGCCUGCCGCGACGCCGCACAGCGUUGCCCUUGAGAGCCCGGUGUUUCCAUCGUCAAGGGACUCGCGUGCGAGCGGCAGGACAACAAUAUUUUCCGAGCCGACUCCAGGCUCCGCCACAAAUCUUCAUGUUGACGCCGCUGGCCCUGCUGCUGCGGUAGGUAAAGGGGCGAAACCGGUUCCCGCGCCUCUAACCCCGGCCCAAGAGACCGAGCGAGCGGCGAAACUGGAGGCGAUGCAGCCGCACGUGCUCCUGCAGAAGGCGAACCACUAUCGCGAAAGUGUGCCGGUUGUGUUUCGCUACCGCUACUCCCCAGAUUUCGAAGAGACGAUUGACGAGAACAAGAAGCGGCAGCAGCAGCUCGAUCGCGCGCUGCGCAAACAUCACUGGCUCGCCGGCUCCAGUGGUCUCACGCACGCGGAACGGCAAGAAAUAUCGCGCCGCUUUGCGGACCCGAACGCGCUGGCCCACGAGUGGCUGUACGUUUGGGAGCAGUUUGAGCGUGACAUCCCCCGCGAGACCCUCUUGGUCGAAGACACACCCUACCACGACGCUAACAUUGCCUUGGCGGCCAUCUUGAGCUACGUCGAGUACAGCUACGACAGAAGCCAGCAGCAUAUGAAGAAGUUGGCCGCUGCCUUGGCAGCUGAACAAAAAGGCGAUGCUGCCACUACACCCGCGGCGACUGCGGCGGCGUCAUUAGGCGCUGGCAACUCCAGCUCCGGUCCGGCGUCGAGGAGAAAGACGACCUUGUUGGAGCAUUUUUUCUCCGCAGGUACGGCAGCCCUCAAGGGUGCAGUGGUCAAGAUGCGGGCGAGCCUGCCGGACUUUGUGGGGGAUCCUCUCCUCUCCGUCUCCGGCUACAACCCUGCGCUCUAUCACGCCUCCCUUCUCUUCCCCACUGAUCCCAAGGCGCGAAGUGAGAAGAUCUUCUCUGCAGUGCGAGAGGUGGUGCUGGCCUCCCAGCAGUCCUUUAUGGGGUUCCCGUACCAGCUGUUGUGCGAGCAGGUGGGGAUGGAGCGGCUGGGGCUGGCACUGGAAGCACUGGAGAGGGACGAGGCAGAGGUGGGCGACCUGGAUGAGGAGACGGAGGCGGAGAAAACAGCGCGGGUGACUCCGGUGGACGCAACGCACGAAGAAGGGAAGCUGCAGACUUCUGGCAGUGGUGCAACAGCCUCUAUCCCACUCAAAAAAACAGCAGAGGCGGAGCCCGCUGUGAAAGAGAUCACCACCUCCAUGCACUCAUCUCUGCACGGCUCACGUGUGCUGCGCAUCUACCAUAGUUUUCCCUCCUCGACAAGUGUGACGAACAGGAGCGGAAACGACCAUCGACACCGGCAGCACACCGUUCACGCUGUAGACGAGUGGAACGUGUCAUCCUCCUCAAGCCGCUCCUCAGACGCGGCUCCCUCUUCACUUUCGCUGAACAUCUCGCCGGCAACGACAGCACCACUGCCUCCGCCAGGGGCCUCGGUGGAGUCCACGGAGGAAAAAGAGCAGCCAGCUGCAGUACUGGACGUCCUUCCGGCACACUGCUUGUCAGAGGAAGCGCGGCGACGCAAGGAGACCGUGGCGCGUCUCCGCCGAGAGCGGCGUCGUCGCAGGCCCAAACAACUGCCUCUGUUGGUUGGCGAGCCGCGUCUGCACGAAUUCGCUGCCUUUCUCGACAUUUUGCGUAGCCGCCUCAUUGCCAAGCAGGUGAAGGAAGAGCGGAAAGAGAUGGAGCAGCGGCAACGUGAGCGGGUGCAGCAGGCUGUGAAACGGCAGUGCGAGCAGUGGGGCAGUGCACCAGCGUCUCGGCAGGGAUCGCACCCAGGCUCUCGUCAAGCUCCCUCUGCCUCCCGCGACAUGAUGAAGCAAGCAGAGGAUCCUUUAGCGCCGACCGCGCAGCCCGCGGACACCGCUAUGGCACCCCGCAAGCUGUUUCACGAAGAUGUCGAUGGCUCCGCCUAUCUGAUUCCCACCCGUUCCGCCUCUGCCACAAUGGAGCCCCCUUCGCGCUCUCCUCGCUCGCUACUCUCCAGUACUUCGAUGCGAGAGGUAUCGGUGUCACCCGAAAUGCACGGGAUGCGUAUUCGCCUCUUCUUUGACGACAAGCGCAACGUGCCUGUCGUCGUAGUGAACAAGCUGUUCCGGCUGUUCACAAUGCCGGGGCUGCGCGGCUUCACAUCCUCCGACGACGACAUCACAGAGGCGUUGAACGACAAAACGGCAGCGAAGGCAGCCACGGCCCAUCCAAGCGCUUCUGCGCGCAAGUCUGGUGCUGGACGCACAGGCAGUUCGGAGAAGAGCCUGCUCCUCCUCAUUCAAGUUCAGUUUUCGCUCUUUUUGCAGGAAGAUGCGGAGGUCAGGUGGAAAUGGUGGAAGCUGUAG